AUGUUCUCCAAAAAGGCAGCUAGAGCAAGGGUGAUGAUGGUGGGAGUGGUUCAAGUUCUGCGAAGAUGUGGAAUACGUCGCUCGUCGACCGAAGUCCAACCAAACGAAUAUAGAUUGUCAUCAAGGCAGCCUAACGACAGUCCUGUAUGCUUACACAGGCAGCCCAACGACAGUCCUGUAUGGUCACACAGGCAGCCCAACGACAGUCCUGUAUGCUCACACAGGCAGCCCAAUGACAGUCCUGUAUGCUCACACAAUGAGUGGGAUGCACUGGAAGAGGUUAUUGUUGGCAGAGUUGAAGUUUCUGCGACUCACCAUUUAUCAGGAUCAGCCGUCCCACCGCUAACAGUGGAAGUUCAAACCAUUAUAAACGAAAACCACUGGGAUUUGUUUAAGGAAAGGGCGGGCAAGCCUUGGCCGGAAGACAUUAUGAAGAAAGCAGCGCUGCAGAUAGAGGAAUUGUGCAAUGUCUUGAGACAUGAAGGUGUAACUGUCAGAAGACCAGAGAUCGUUGAUUUCACUCAGGAAUUCAAGACUCCCGAUUUUACGUCCAGCGGCUUGUAUGCUUCAAUGCCAAGGGAUAUACUUCUCGUGAUUGGCAAUGAGAUCAUAGAGAGUCCUAUGGCUUGGCGUAGCAGGUUUUUCGAGUASAGGGCCUACCGUCCACUUCUAAAGGAGUACUUCAGACAAGGAGCCAAGUGGACAACUGCACCUAAACCACUCAUGUCUGAUGAACUCUACAACAAGGAAUUGUUUGCAAACAGGUCAAUAGACGGCAAGAAAAAACUUUCAGCCGAAGGAAAGUUUGUGACAACCGAGUUUGAGCCAUGUUUUGAUGCAGCUGACUUUAUGAGAGCUGGGAAAGACAUCUUUGUUCAAAGAAGUCAUGUUACAAACAACAUGGGCAUUGAAUGGAUGCGUCGCCAUCUUGGUGAUAAAUACAAUAUUCACAUCCUUUCAUUCAAGAAUGUCAACCCAAUGCACAUUGAUGCGACCUUCAACAUAAUUGGCCCAGGGCUGGUUCUACUGAAUCCCGAACGAGACUGCAAUCAAAUCGAAAUGUUUCAUAAAGCGGGCUGGAAAAUCGUUCGACCACCUAAUCCACUGAUUCCCGAUGACCACCCACUUUGGAUGUCAACCAAAUGGCUGACAAUGAAUGUACUGAUGCUUGAUGAAAAAAGAGUACUUUGCUGUAAGAACGAAUUACCUGUUAUCAAGAUGUUUGAAAAGCUUGGCAUACAGUGUAUUCCAGUUGAUAUACGUUAUGCAAAUUCCAUUGGCGGUGGAUUUCACUGUUGGACGUCUGAUAUUCGUCGGAGAGGACAACUUGAGUCAUACUUCUAACUCGACUCACUCGCUCCAAUAGGUAAUCCAGCAUCCAGUAAUCCAGCAUCCAUUGACUUGAAUCCGGAACCCGAACGACUAAUAUCCAGGCCACAAGUUCCGUACUCCAGCUUAGUUCCGGAUUACCUUUUAAUUAAAAUUAUUAUUUUUAAUCAAAAUUAUGCUAUUUUUUGCUAGCUCUGAGUAAGUUACAGUUAACAAAUAAUAGCGACAUACUUUUUUUACGAUAUAUUACUGGAAAAAAAUCGCGCACCA